GUCUAGAUACGAGGAACCUACAAGCAGCCAGCCUGUUGAAUAUAGUUAGCUUGUGCAUUUUGCUAAUCGGUUUAGCGUAGAAGAGGACAGAUGACAGAUGAAACACAUGACAACGAGAAGUAAAGUUUUUAAUGCUGUUAGAAUGAAAUAAUACGCGGUAAACAACGAGAGCUGUUUGCCGAAACUAGGACAAUAACUUAGCUAGUGAAGGAACGGUCAAAAACGUUUUUUCCACGAUGUUAAAAUUCAGCUUCAGGAGGGACAAAGACAAGGACUUCAAGCAUAUAGCUCCUGGUUUGAUCCCUGCUGCCUCCAUUGCUCCAAAGCCUGCUGUGCCUCGUACCCCACCCCCCCGCAGCCCAGACCCCUCACCUGAGAGACCCAGAUCAGCCCUAGCAGCAGCCAUCUUGUCUUCUUCGCUCACUGGACAGACAUGGGCCAUCCCCCCUGCCAGACCGAGGUCUUUCUCUGAGAGUGACAGAUCAGAGUCUUUCAUAUCUGAACCAAACAUCAGCACAGCACUUUACACCAGAGACAGAUGGUCAGAGGAUUUGGCUAGCCGGCCUCGCUUGUCCUCCCCUUACCACUCAGAGGAAGAGUUGGAGGACAAGGAAGAGGAGGUAGAGAAUGAAGAGGACAGGGAGGACCACAUCUACCAAACACUGGACAGACAGGACUCUUGUUCAAUCAUAGAACCUGUUUAUGCUCUGCCAAUAAAACCUAAGACCCAAACACCUCAGCCAACUCCGAUGCCUGGCAGAAGAUUGCCUUCUCCAGAUUUCACUGAGGAAACCAGUGUCCAGUCUCCUGAAGCCAGCUGUGAUUCCUCUAAGAAGAAAGCAUCUGUCAAGAAGAGCUCUGCCAGUCGGAAGGAAGAUGUGCCAUCUGUGCUACCCAUCCUAACCACUGACCACCCAGGCCCAGCCAGCCAAGCCAAAACCCCCAAACACCCCACCCAGCCAUCUCCAGAGCCCAGCAGGGCACACAGUGAGGUGCAGAGGGAGGUAGUGCAGGCCCUGCCAAAGAAAGCAAGAAUGGCAGAUGAACAAAAGCUACUGGAAGAGAGACUGCACCGCCUGGAACAGGAGAUCAGUCUCAGCCAAGCCUCCUCAAACCUGAGGUCAUCUGCAGGCAGCCAGGCAGAGCUACAGAAUUUGAGGCAACAUGCUCAGGAGCUGGUGGAUGAAAAUGAUGCCCUCAAAUUGACAGUUCACCGUCUGAAUGUGGAGCUCAGCCGCUACCAAACCCGCUUCAGACCAUUGACCAAACAGGAGAGCUCCAAGAUCAGUGGUUUACCGACAACAGGGUCUGCUCCUCCUUGGCUGCUUGACAUGAAGUAUUUAUCUCCUCUGCUGCUGGCCUACGAAGACAGGAUAAAUGAGAAAGAUGCACUUCUGCAAACCACAGAGGAGGAGGUGAAGAGGUUGCGUGUUCAUGUAGAGGAGGUGAUCAAAGAAAAUGAGAGACUCCAUGAUGAAAUUGCCAAGAUCGGAGGGGUCAGCCAGAAGGACUGUCAUCAACUACAAGAACAGGCCUUUCUGGUUUUGCAGGAGAACCAGGUGUUGAUUGAUCAGCUGGAGGCUCAGCAUGCUAAGGCCAAGGCCACCCACAGCAGACACCGGUCUGAAGCAACCAAAGUGUCUAAACAACUGAUGUUGUUAGAGGCAGAAAAGCAGCGUUUGCAGGAGGACCUGGAAGAGAGCAGGAGGGAGGUGCAGAAAAAUAUGAGGGAGGUCCAAGUUCUGCAGGCCUGCCUGAAGGAUGCUAUCACCUGGGAUGAACACUGCAACAUUGCUGGGAAACUCAGACGGCAGCUGGAGCAGCAGGAGAGCACGAGUAAGAGAGAGAUGGAUGAGCUGCUUCUAAGAGUGUCCAGUCUGCAGGAGGAGAAUAGGAGUCUGGCUCUGGACAAAGCCAACCUGACUGCUGAUAUAAAGAGAAUUGAGGCUGAGGUUGAGCUCACUAGACAAGCCAAAAGGAAGGCUGAGAGGAGGAUGAGUGUAUUGAAACAGCAGAAGGAGGAGUGUGUGUUGAAAGAGGAAAAGACUCGGCAUUACCUUGGAGCUGUCAUUUCUGUGGCUGAGCACAUCUCCCAGGAGAGAGACCAACUAUUACACAUGGCUUCAGUUCUUCAGCAGGAAAAGCAGGGAUUCAUCAGCAGGAUUCUGAAUGGCACAGUUCGAUUUGGAAAACUACAGGAACAAGUCAAAGUGUACCGGAGGCAGGCGUCAACCAGACUGGCAGCGUUGGAGGAGGCAGCAGAGGGGAGGACAGCUUCUCACCAGAGGGAGAUCCUUCACCUGCAGAGGCUGCUGAGAGAAAGACAGGAGGCUGAGGAGAGACUACUGCAGUCCAAACGGGAAGUAGAGGAGGAGUUGGAGGUGGUGUGGCAGACAGCAACCAGGCAAAACCAGCAGAUGAAGGACACUCUUCUGGACUCGAGACUCACUGCCGACCUCCACGGUUGGCCAGUUUCCGGCAGUGCCUAUCCUGGCUGGCCGUCUCAGGCUCCAGAUGAGACCACGUCAUCCCCCCAGAAUCAGCCUCUGAGCUCUGAGCUCCACCUCUUCACCUCUCAUCAAAGCCCUGGGCUCCAGAUAAGGUCUGUAUCUAAAUCUGACUCAGACCACCCAAACAACUCCUUGGAUGAAAAACAGAAGCAUGGGCUGGAUUUCUAUUGCUAAAAUUCUUGGAGCCAUAACUCUUUAAGUGUGCCUGUCUGUUCAUACUGAGAAAGAUUCUUUCCCUAUAAACUAGUUUCAGUCAACAUGUUAACCCACAGACACACAGUUUGCUAACUGAGUUUUGAGUUUGCAAAUUGUGUAAACGUGGACCAUGUUCUGUAACAAACUCACAGCUUUAACUACAGUUGUAGAUUGAAGCAAAUCUGUACAGUAAAGUGGAAGCAGUACUUAGUAGUUAGCUCACUCAACACUUAAAGGGAAAAUCUGAUUUUAAAAGAGGGAUAUCUGUACCUACAAAACACUGGAAGAAUAAAAUGGAAGAAAACAAACAAAAGCCUCUUAAUAACACAGCUGAGUUUUUGAAGUGUGGCCAAAUGUACCUGUACCUGUCUGGGUAGUCAGGAGGACUUCAUGAUUUCAUGAACAGUGCAAUUUCCAAAGAUUUUUAUGUUUAUGUUUUUGUUUUUUAUAUCUUUUUAAAUUAGUCUCAGGGUCUUAUAGACCAUGCCAAGCAUAAUAGAUUAGCAAGUAAAAGUAGAAAGUUGCAGUAUUUAGCUUUAUUAAGCCUAAAGAACAAAGCCAAGGUUGCCAUCUGCUGGACACAUAUGGUAACUGUAUUAAUAUUCACAACAGCAAUACAACAUGGUACAGAAGCAGCAGACAUGGAAAAACCACAGGUACAUUGUGUGGUGUGUGCGUGUGUGUGUGUGUGUGUGUGUGUGUGUGUGUGUGUGUGUGUGUGAGAGAGAGAGAGAUAUCUAUAUCUUGGGGUCAAGUAUAACAUAGGACAUGAGUUUCUAUCAUAGUAAAAUAAGUGUUUAUAUACAUGAAAUGUACCUAUAUUUAUACAGGCACAGGUGUAAAUAAUAAAAUAAUAAAGCUAAUUCUUCCUUGAU